AUGGCAUUGACUGUUGGCGUCGCUACAGUCAUGGAAUCCAAGGAAGUCGUCGUCGUUGUCACUGGACUAAGAAAGGCAUUGGCGUUGAGCAAGGCGAUCGAGGAAGGGGUAAACCAUCUUUGGACUCUGUCUGCAUUGCAACUGCACCCGUGGGCUUUACUUGUUGCAGACGAGGAUGCAACAGCUGAACUCCACGUUAAAACCGUCAAGUACUUCAAGUCCAUCGAGCGUGUACAAGAAGAAGUGGAACGUACUCAGCAUGAACUCAAACUUAAAGGCAAGGUCGAAGCGGAGCAGUUCGGAAGUAUGGAGUAA